GUUAUGUACCUAAACCGAUGAUGACCUUUUUGUUUGAUAGGAAAAAAUUUCAUUAUCGAAAUUUUAGAAUCGAUUGGAAAAAACGUUAUUCAUUUACAUUGGAUGAAUAUUUAGCACUGGCUUUGUGUAUUGUAUUGGCCGUUCGUGGAUCAUAUGCUGUAAUUGAUCGAACUUAUUGGACAGAUAAAAAAAGGCAAAUUUAUUUUGGUAGUUUUUUUGGAGUUUUCGGUGCGAAUCCAUUCCACGUAGAAAUGUUAUGUAUAGUUUGGGCAUUGAAUUGUAUCAACAUUCAAAUAACUUCAUUGUUUCUACGUUUAAAACAUUUAAAAUGGCUAAAUAUUUUAAUGACACUUGAGGAUCGUAUUUCUCCGAAAUAUAUUGGCAUUAAACCGGAUGAAUGGAAAGCCUUGAAAAUAAAGGCAAAUCUGAUGUCUCAUUUUAAUCGUAAUACAUGUAUUUGGAUAUCAUCAAUUGGUGGUUUAUUUAUUGGCUGGCAGUUCUUUAAUAAAUAUUCAUUAUAUGAUUUCAUUGUUUUCGGAUUGAUUUGGACAAUAUUCUAUGCCAUAACAACAUUAUUAGUGACAACAACCAUUUAUUAUACAAAUUUUUACAUAUUUUUAAUUGCCGAUUUAAUGCAGAAUUAUUAA